AGAGAGGAGCUUUGGACCACCCCGAUUUGAGAAGACCCAGGCCCCCUUUUGAGAGAGAGAGAGAGAGAGAGAGAGAGGAGAAACAACAAAAGAGAAAAUAAGCAGCGCCAGCAGCAACCGGCCACUCCCAUUUUACCACCAGGACGCUAGAAGACAAAAUGCUGCCACUGGUUGAGCUUAAUACAAGGUUUUAGGAGGCAGAAAAUGGCUGACUCGAACUCGAACUCGAACUCGGUUGAUGUCAUUCUUGACUUUCUGCGGAAGAAUAGGUUUUCAAGAGCUGAGGCAGCUCUUCGCAGUGAGCUUGGUAAUCGUCCUGAUUUGAAUGGUUUCCUUCAGAAGCUUGCUCUUGAAGAAAAGGACUCUGGUAAUUCGUUGGAAGCUGAAAAGGGGGACAAACUGGUGGUGGAGAAUCAAGGGCUGGGAUCUCGGAACGGUGGUGAAGUUUCAAAGGAACUUAUAGUGAAAGAGAUAGAAUGUGGAACUGGCAGAAAUGGGUCUGAAAUCAAAUGGAAGAAUGCUGCUUCUGUUGGGGAACGAAAUAAACCUGUUGACGUGGCUGGGACUAAUCACAAGAGCUUCGCAUUCUCUAAAGGUUUAGAGGAUACUGUCCUUGAUUUAUAUUCAUGGAAGGUCAAUCCAAGCAAUGGUCCUGCUGAACCUUAUCAAAAUGAUGUUGGUGGUAGUAACUCCAACCACCCAGAGCCUCAGAUAUUGCAACAGUCAAGGAAUCAUACCGGGGAGAUUCCUGAUUCCGGUAAAAGCACUGUGAAAUCUGGAGAAGAUAUUAGCUUUUCUGGUGAGAAGAAAACUUCAUGGGCUGGAAGUACUAGCAAAACCAAUGUGGAAAGCAAGUACGAUAGAACCCAAACAAGCGAACCUAAGGAACUUGAUCAACAACUCAAGACUAGUACCACAUACUUCAAAGAAGGCUUUGCAGAUAAUCCAUGGUCGAGAAUUGAAGAACCAACAAGUUCAUCAUCCGAGAUGUGGAAAGAUUGUUCUGUCAAGACCGUAUUUCCUUUCCCCAAAGAGGAUAUGUCAACAAGUUAUGAUAGUGCUUCUGGUUCUGAUAAAAAAGAAGGAAAGAGAAAAGCUGUGCUGACUGAUACUAGGGCAACAAUAAAGGAGCAGGAGAAUGAGGUGGCAAGAGCUUUAUACUUGAGCAAGUCACAAGGGAGUUCUGAGCAGAAGACCAUUAGUAGCUUGGUUUUUCCUAUUUUGUCUGAGAAUCAGAAAGAAGAGUUUCCAAGGUUGCCACCAGUAAAACUCAAGUCAGAGGACAAACCGUUGACUGUUAACUGGGAGGAAAAGUUUGAGCGAGACGGGCCUGGUGCAAAACUCAGUGCUGCCGACAAUGCUCAUCUUAUUGGGGCAUAUUUGGAUGUUCCCUUUGGACAAGAAAUAAACUCUUCAGGUGGAAAAAGGAAUGUAGGAGGAGGUAGUUGGCUGUCUGUAAGUCAGGGAAUUGCAGAAGAUACAUCUGAUCUGGUAUCUGGUUUUGCUACUGUUGGUGAUGGACUGAGUGAGGAUUACCCAAAUGAGUACUGGGAUUCUGAUGAAUAUGAUGAUGAUGAUGAUGUGGGAUACAUGAGACAACCUAUUGAAGAUGAGGCCUGGUUCUUGGCUCAUGAAAUUGAUUACCCAAGUGACAAUGAAAAAGGAACAGGGCAUGGGAGCGUUCCAGAUCCGCAGGAAAGAGGCCCAACCAAAGAUGAGGAUGAUGAUCAAUCUUUUGCUGAGGAGGAUUCUUACUUUUCUGGUGAGCGUUACUUUCAAGGGAAAAAUGUUGAACCAGUUAUAGUUACAGAUGAUCCUAUAGGAAUCACAGUGACUGAGUUGUAUGGGAGGACUGAUGAGAAUGAUUUAAUGGCUCAAUAUGAUGGACAGUUGAUGGAUGAAGAGGAACUGAAUUUGAUGCGUGCAGAACCUGUCUGGCAGGGAUUUGUCACUCAGACUAAUGAACUCAUCAUGUUAGGGGAUGGGAAAGUUCUGAAUGAGGGUGGAAGGCCACGUCUAGAUGAUGUUUGCGUGGAGGAUGAUCAGCAUGGUUCAGUGAGAUCAAUUGGUGUGGGGAUCAAUAGUGAUGUUGCUGAAAUUGGCAGUGAAGUACGGGAAAGUUUGGUUGGAGGUAGCAGUGAAGGGGAUUUAGAAUACUUCCGAGACCAUGAUGAAGGAGUUGGUGGGUCUCGGAAGCCUCAUCAUGACUCAGACCAAAAACAUAUUGAUAGAUCUAACAGGGACAACAAGAAAAGUAGUAAACAUGAGGCAAAUAAAUAUAUAGUUGUUGCCGAUGAUAAUAGUGCAUCUAGACCCAAGAAAAAUCAUACAGAAGGGGCAUUUUCAUUCCCCCCUCCACUGAGAGAUGGAGGACAGUCAGUGCAGGCAAGCUCCAGUAAAACUUUAUGGUCAAACAAUUGCAAUGCAAUUGUCACUGAUGAAACUGAUGACUGUACAAAUACUUUGAUGAGUUCCGAUGACAUGCUUGCUUCAUGGAAGCGGAAAAGUACUGAUACCUCAGGUGAUGAAAAUAAUGAUGAUGCUGUUAGAUCAGCAAACUCUACUCCCUCAACGCUCUCAAAUUAUGCUUAUGCUGAAAGAGAGCAUGGCAAGCAAGAAGAAGAUGAAAAGAUUGCCACUCUCAGGGAUGAAGAUACAGGGGUGUCACUUGAGGAUGAAGAGGCAGCUGCUGUGCAAGAGCAAGUAAGGCAAAUAAAGGCUCAGGAAGAAGAGUUUGAGACCUUCAACCUCAAGAUUGUGCACAGGAAAAACAGAACUGGCUUCGAGGAAGACAAAAAUUUUCAUGUUGUUCUGAAUUCUGUGAUAGCUGGGCGCUAUCAUGUCACUGAAUAUCUUGGAUCUGCUGCAUUCAGCAAAGCUAUACAAGCACAUGAUUUGCAUACGGGAAUGGAUGUGUGUGUGAAAAUUAUAAAAAACAACAAAGAUUUCUUUGAUCAGAGCCUUGAUGAGAUAAAGCUUCUCAAGUACGUCAAUAAGCAUGAUCCUGCUGAUAAGUACCACCUUCUCCGAUUGUACGAUUACUUUUAUUAUCGAGAACAUUUGUUAAUAGUAUGUGAACUUCUCAAAGCAAACUUGUACGAAUUUCAUAAAUUCAACCGUGAGUCAGGAGGGGAGGUCUACUUCACUAUGCCGAGACUGCAGUCAAUUACCAUUCAGUGUCUAGAGGCGCUGCAGUUCUUGCAUGGCCUUGGCUUGAUACAUUGUGACUUGAAGCCUGAGAAUAUACUAGUGAAAAGCUACAGUAGAUGUGAGGUGAAAGUCAUUGAUCUUGGGAGUAGUUGCUUUGAGACGGAUCACCUCUGCUCCUAUGUUCAAUCCAGGUCCUAUCGUGCUCCUGAGGUUAUCUUGGGACUUCCAUAUGAUAAGAAGAUAGAUAUAUGGUCACUUGGGUGUAUCUUAGCCGAACUUUGUACUGGCAAUGUACUCUUCCAGAAUGAUUCACCGGCAACUUUACUUGCACGGGUGAUGGGAAUCAUUUGCCCUAUUGAUCAAAGUAUGCUUGCCAAAGGACGGGAUACGUACAAAUACUUCACAAAAAAUCACAUGCUUUAUGAACGAAAUCAGGAAACAAACAGACUGGAAUACCUGAUACCAAAAAAGACAUCUUUAAGGCAUCGGCUGCCAAUGGGGGACCAAGGGUUCAUUGAUUUUGUUGCUCAUCUGCUUGAGAUAAACCCAAAGAAGCGACCUUCUGCAUCUGAAGCUCUGAAGCACCCAUGGCUGUCAUAUCCAUAUGAACCCAUAUCAUCUUGAAGACUUGAACUGUCUGAAAAAUGUCUUGGUAAAAGACAAUAUGCUGGCUGCAGUUGCCCUUGCAUUUUGGGUUUUGGGCAUCUAAAAGUGAAGGGGCUACAAAUUCAAUAUCAAAACCAGUAACGUAUUUGAAGUUAUCCUGGAAGAUUGCCGCGGGAUGCAUUGAAACUUCUGGUUUGGUUUUGUGUUGGUUCCUCCUUGGCUGGCUCCUUCCGCUUUCACCAAGGUGUAUUGUAGUCAAGAAUGUAAUUUUGCACGCAUUGUAUUCUUAGGUUCUUCUUUGUUUGACCUAGUAGUGGAAGGAGAAUCUUGAAAGUCUUGUUGUAUAUGAUUGUGUGAUAUAUUCUUUUAGGUUAAUAUCUUGUGAUAUAGUUGCUUAUCCGAUUUCGGUUUUCCUC